AACUGUACACAAAACCACGUGCUUGGGAUUGCGUGAGAAUUCACAGUAACUUAAAGUAUAUAUUGAAUUGAAGCAGAUGAAGACCAAUUGAAGUUGUGAUUGUGUGGAUAAUUUAUCCUAAUGAUCAGAGGACUGUAUAAAGUGUUCAGGUCGUGUGCAACAAACAAAAACGCGCUCGUGAUGGCGACUGUGCGAACGAACGAUUCGUCCAUCCAUCAAAUGAUAAACGGAAUGGACAGAAUACCCCGACCAUUUAUGAUAGGUGUAGCCGGCGGAACAGCAUCAGGAAAGUCAUCGGUAUGUGCCAAGAUAAUGCAACAACUUGGGCAGACAGAAGUGGAUGAUAACCAGAGACAGGUUGCCAUCAUCAGCCAGGAUGCAUUUUACAGAAGCCUUAAUGAGGAUGAGAAGAGAAAAGCUCUCCGUGGCGAGUUCAACUUUGAUCACCCAGAUGCAUUUGAUCAUGAAUUCAUGCUGAAGACCAUCAAAGACAUUUUGAAAGGAAAGACAGUACAGAUACCAAACUACAACUAUGUCAGAAAUAGCAGAGAUGAGGAUUGUCAGACGAUAUACCCUGCAGAUGUGGUUCUGUUUGAAGGAAUUCUUGUAUUCUACCUGAAAGAAAUCAGAGACAUGUUUCAUAUGAAGUUGUUUGUAGAUACUGAUCCAGACACAAGACUGUCUAGAAGAGUAUUAAGAGAUACACGAGACAGAGGCAGAGACAUAGAACAAAUUCUUCACCAAUACACAACACUAGUCAAGCCAGCGUUUGAGGAAUUCUGUUUACCUACAAAAAAGUAUGCUGAUGUCAUUAUACCACGAGGGGCUGAUAAUACAGUGGCGAUUGAUUUGAUUGUACAACAUAUACAGGAACUGCUUCGUCCAAGUAACAAAAACGUGAAGAGAUUUAGGCAUAACUCGGACUCAUUUGUGGGCAGGCCUCAUUGAACAGCAUGCAUGUUAACUAGCAAAAGACCUGUAAAAGUGACCAAAAAGCUGGUGUUCCUUCUCAUAUAGUACUAGAAAUCUGAUCUGAUUGGUUGUACUGUACAGACUUGUAUAUUACCUAGUGAUUAUGUGUAUAAACUCAUGUGUGUACCUGGUGAUUACCAGAUAGGUGUGCAAACUUGUGUUUCUACCUGGUUAUCAGGUGUACAGACUUACGUUUCUACCUGGUGAUCAGGUGUACGAUCUGCUGUGUCGACCUGGUGAUUAGGUGUACAAACCUAUGUUUUUACCUGGUGAUUAGAUGUACAUACCUGAUACGUUAUUUAUGACUAUGGUGUGCUGCUUCUGUACAAUAUACAAUAUAAACAGAUUUUUGGUAUCUACAAAAGGUACCUGUACCUGUUGAUCAGGCCUCUAUGGCAUAACAAAUAAGAUGUACCAGUCGAUUAGAUCCCCACAGAACAACAUAUAAAACCUACCGGGCGUUUAUUUCUCUGGUACAACAAAUACAUGUACCUGUUGAUUACGUCCCUGUGGUACAAAAUAUAAAAUCACCCUGGUGAUUAGUUCUGUACUGUGCAACAUAUUACCUGCCUGUUGAUUAUGAUGUCUGUACAAUAUAAGACCUAUUUUGUUUAUAAAUCUCUACUGUUCAACAUAAUAUAACAUACCUAUUGAUUAGCUGGGCACUACAGUAAAACAUAAAAAACUACCUGUUGGUAAGGUCACUAUGGAACAACAUGAAACCUUCCCAUUGAUGAGGUAUCUGUGGUGAAAAAUUAAAGCUGUUAAUUAGGUCUAUGUUACAACGUAAAAUCCACCUGUUGAAUAUGACUCUAUUGAACAGCAUAAAACCUACCAAUUGAUCAGGCCUCUGGUAAAACACUAAGGUCUGUCUGUUGAUAAGGCCACUAUAAGUGUUACAAAUGUUAAAUCACUACUCCAUAUCAUUAUAGGGUAAUAAGCAGGAUUUCUUUUGCACAAUGAUAAAAAUGUCUUAAUACAAUACAGAAUGUGUUACCUAUUUCAAUAAUCAACUGAUCAUUCACAAGCUUCUUUUGAUAACUUUAAGUAUACAGAAAAAAACUUUUAGAUAUACAUGUAGUACAUAAACAGAUUUAUAAUAGAAAUGGAAUAGAUGACCAAAGUACAACUGUCUUUGACAAUAUUUCUGGAGUGUUUGUAAUAAAUUGAGCUGUCUAUAGUUCCUUUUAAAGCGGUUAACAGAAUAUAACCAAUGGGAGAUGACUGUCAUUGCUUAUCAUGCUUUCAAAUUCAAAGAAACAUAUUAGUAUCUCACCUUAAUAGUCUCAGGUACAGUAAAUGUAUAUCUGACCUUUGUUUAUCAUUAAAGCAAAAUGAUGGAUAUUUAUAUGUGUAAUAACUUUGUGGGCAUUAUCCAUAAGUUAAUUUGCUUUCAGACUGUUCUUUCCUACUUUUGGUGGCGAUUUUUUUUCUCAAACAUGGCAGCCUUAAUCCUGUUUUGACGAUUUUAUAUUUUUCGUUGGCUGGAUGUUCACCAUGUGUUGUCUCUUGCAUUUUCUUUGAUAAAAAUUCUGUUAUUGAAUGUAUUAAACAAUUGUUUUAACAUACUCAAUAACAGAUUUGUAUUCAUGUUAAAUUGCCUAUUUGAUGUAUGUAAAGCAAAUGCGGGUUGAUGUUUUGUUUUCAAAAAGAGCCCGAGGAAUUGUUCAACAUAUAUAUACAGUUGUGGGAUCACACAAUGUUACACGAUGUGCGGACGAUCAACGAACGUUGUGCCUUAACAAUCGUGGUUGGUGCAAAUUGAGGAAUGGCUUAACAAUAUAUACGGUUUCAUGUUUAAACAUAUUGACUUUCUU